ACAGACCUCUUGCCAGCUUCUCUCAAGUCACUUAUAAAGUACCAGCCCUAAUUACACAGACUGCCAACCUGAGUAAUUAUUCUCCACCUCACAACUUCAACAAUGAUCAACAACACCUCUACCACUUCUGGCGAUACCCUUAUAGAUGCUCAUUGCUCCGGUCCGCAUGUAACGUUCACCAAGGAAAACGAUCAAUCAGACCAGCUGCAGGCUAAUGUACCCCUGUUACUUCAACCUUCAUAUGCUAGAUCAAAAUCACUACUCUUCGAUGAGCUACGCAAUUUCCGAAUGAGCCUUAGAUGGUGUGCACUUGAUCAUUCCUCUUGCAUAGGAAAAACUGUGUCCUACUUUGUUUUCAUUUUCCUUGCCAUUAUUGUCCCGAUUGUAAGCUCCCUCUCCAUUAGAGUCCCAUCCUCAGCACCAGCUGACGACCCUAUUUCUUACAACAAGCUGGUGCAGGUUCCUGAGUCUGCCUUGGCUUUUAUAGCUUUCUUUACUCUUUUCCGUUUCUUUAAGAGAUACGGUCUCCGCCAGCUCUUGUUCCUCGAUGGCUUACAGGAUGACUCGUUGUUCGUUAGACAAGGAUACUCGCGCGAGCUCGAUAAGGCUUUUCGGUACCUAGCCUGCAUAUUGCUUCCAUCUUUCUUUGUCGAACUUGCACACAAAAUCAUAUUUUUCUCCACAGUCAAAAUAUGGUUACCUUAUAAUAUUAGUCCUCACGGUAUUCCAUUGAAUUCCAUCAUGUUUGUGUUGGUGCUGGCGUCUUGGGUUUAUAGGACAGGAGUGUUCUUGUUGGUUUGUGUCCUGUUUCGGUUGACUUGUGAGCUUCAGAUACUCAGAUUUGAAGGGCUUCAUAAGUUGUUUGAGGGUUGUGGAUCCGGUGCCGGUGUCAUAUUCAGGGAGCAUGUUAGGAUUAAGAAACAAUUAUCUCUUACAAGCCAUAGAUAUCGAUUCUUUAUCAUAUCCUGUUUGGUUACCAUUACAGUUAGUCAAUUUGGAGCAUUGUUGCUGGUUUUGGGAUUCAACACUCAGAAGAGUUUCUUCAAUUCCGGAGACCUUGUGAUAUGUUCAGCAGUUCAACUAAGUGGAUUCUUCUUAUGUUUACUUGGAGCUGCAAGAAUUACACAUAGAGCUCAAGGUAUUGUGUCAAUAGCCACUAGAUGGCAUAUGAAUGUUACAUCUGCAUUUGCCAGGGUAGACCAGGGAAAAAACCAUGUGCUGGAAGCUGAUGGGAGUCUAGCAUUCAAUGCUGGAGACAGCGAGUCCGAUUCUUCGGACUUUUUCAUUGCAAUUUCCUCACAGGAUCCAUGCACCUUCCAAACCAGGCAGGCUUUAGUGGCUUAUUUGCAACACAACAAUGGGGGGAUCACACUGUUUGGAUUUGCACUUGAUCGAGGAUUGCUUCAUACACUCUUUGCUUUUGAGUUCUCUUUGGGGAUGUGGAUUAUGAGUAAAGUGGUGGUUUUGUCUUAAGAAGUUGUUAUGGUACUAUUUAAUUUACCCCAGCAAUGCCUGAGAUGUUAUAAAUUUAAAUCUUUAUUCUGAAUUUGUAACUUGGAAUCAUGUUUAUUGAAGAAUAAUAAGAUCUUCAUGUUUGUUAUUGCUA